GCUAUGAAAUGGACUAAGAUUGCCUGGAGUGAAGUAUUAGCUGAAGUUGUAUCCCCUCAUGAUGAAAAUAGUGUACCUAUCGUCCCUCCUAUUUCUGAUGAAAGUAUUCAUGAUGUGGAAAAAACUGAUCCAAAUGAUGAACUAGCAGUUAAGAAACUCCAACAGCAAAUAAAUAUAUUGUAUAUUCAUAAUCCAAUACUAAUUAAAGACUUGCUAAACCUUGAAGAAAAACAAAGAAGUACACUAUCAUGGAAGGAACAAUUGAACAUUUUAUAUAGUGCUUUAAGAAUUGUUGAUAAAAGGAUUGAAGAUGGUGGA